AGGCAACUGGUUAAGAACCAACAUAAUGAGUGAGACAAGACAAACAUACACUCUGACUUCAGGAGUGCUGUGCACAUCCUGGCAUUACCACUCUACAGCCUCACAGUUCCAGUACAAAGGUGCAGUGAAGAGGUGCAGCUACACAAAGACUGGAUCCCAUACCUCCUCAAAGAUUUCAUAUGGCUAGAUGAACCUAAAAUGGUACAAAUCCUUUCUCCAUUUGAUGUGUGUACUCAAUCAUCUUAAGUGUGCAGCCAGUGACAGCAUCACUGUAGUUCCCUUUGGCCACCCUGCACUUGUACAACUUGUCCUCAAUCUCCUGUGGGGAGAGAAGCAGUAUUGUAGGUUUGUCGACACCGAAGAAUAUUCCAGCAGAAUGUUUUUGGCACUUGAAUUCAGUCUCAAGGACAAUCAUGCUAUACAUCGAAGUAUAACCCAUCGUAUUAUGAACUUGCAGGGAACUGAACUUCUGGACUACACCAUGUUGGUGGAUGAUUUGAUUGCAUGAGGAAAGGAGAUGAUAGGAGCUCCUUAACAUCUUAUCACAUCUUUGAUAGUGUUAGAUAAUGUCAUGUACCAAUCAGACGAGCAAUAGC